AUGUCGUCCAACUGGCAGAACCUCGCCAAGACCAAGGUCGACUCCGUCCUGAACCUCAUUCCCAAGGAAUGGCGCAUCGAAAAGGUGCCGUCGGUGGAGGAGCAGCCCGAUGUCACCGGAAAGUACAUCCACCAGUUCCUCUCGCACCAGGAAAUCGAAAUCACCGAGUCCGACGCCGUCAGCAUCGUCGCCCACACCAGCUCGGGCAAAUGGAAGAGUGUCGAUGUGGCAAAGGCCUUUUGCCAUCGUGCCGCCCUCGCUCACCAACUCGUCAACUGUCUGCACGAAAUCUUCUUUGAUCAGGCCAUUCAAUCCGCCGAGGCAUUGGACAAGUACUAUGCCCAGCACAAGGCGCCUAUCGGACCCCUUCACGGCCUGCCCGUCAGCUUGAAGGAUCAAUUCCACGUCAAGGAUGUUGAGACGCACAUGGGCUACAUUGGCUGGAUCGGCACUUUCCAGGGCCAGAAAGGCACCGGGCGAGAGCGCAAGUUCGAGAGCGAGAUGGUGCGCGAGCUGCGCAACCUCGGCGCCGUGCUGUACGUCAAGACCAGCGUCCCGCACACGCUGAUGAUGGGCGAGACCGUCAACAACAUCAUCGGCUACACCCAGAACCCCAAGAACCGCCACUUGUCGGCAGGCGGCAGCUCAGGUGGUGAAGGCGCGUUGAUCGGGUUGCGUGGAAGCCCUGUGGGAUUCGGCACUGACAUCGGUGGUUCCAUCCGUAUCCCAUCAGCUUUCAAUGGCCUGUUCGGCAUUCGACCGUCGACCGGCCGCCUUCCAUACCAGGGCAUGGCGAACACAAUCGAAGGACAAAACACCGUGCUCUCCGUCGUCGGGCCCUUGGCCACCACCCCGGACGCCCUGAAACUCGUCAUGCAAUCCCUCCUCAGCACCAAGCCCUGGUUCUACGACCCGCUCGUGCACGAGAUCCCCUGGCGCGCGCAGGAGGAGAACAUCUUCUCGCACCCCUUGUCCUUCGCCGUGGUCCGACACGACGGCAGAGUAGCGCCGACACCGCCCGUAGCGCGCGCGAUCGAGAAAGUCGUCAAGAUGCUCGAGAAGCGCGGGCACACCGUGAUCGAGUGGAAGCCGACGCCCAGCCAAGACGAAAUCAACGCCAUCUGCUUCAAAGCGUUCAUGUUCGACGGCGGCAAUGACUGCCGCGAUGCCUUGGACUUGGCCGACGAGCCGAUGGCAAAAUGCUGCUUGAUCCCCCCUCGCGGCCCGCAAGCCACUGCGAUGGAUAUCAACGCGGUGAACGUGGAGAAGCGCGAGGCGCAGAAGGCGUACAUGGACUACUGGAACUCGACGGCCGCGCUGACGGGCACGGGCAGGCCUGUAGAUGCCAUUAUCUCGCCUCUCGCGCCCUUCCCCGCGGCUCGACCGGAUGGAUACACGUACUACGGCUACUCCACGUGGGUCAACAUGCUCGACUACACCUCGGUCAUCGUGCCCGUCACGCACGCCGACAAGCACGUCGACAAAAAGGAUGCGAAUUUCAAGGCGGUCGACGAGGCCGACCAGCAGACGCAGAAUACUUACGACCCCGAACUUUACGAUGGGGCGCGCGUGAGCGUGCAGCUGACGGGCCGCCGCUUGCAAGAGGAAAAGAUGCUGGCGCUGGCCAAAUACGUCGGCGAGAACCUGCACGGGCGAGCGCAUGCCUUGUAG